UAUUAAUAAAAAUAUAAAUAUUAAAAUUAUAAAUAAUAUAUGAUUAAGUAUUAGAGUUUAUAAUUUUUUAUAAUUAGUUUUUAUAAUAAAUUCAAUCAAUGGUCAACCGAAUUCCAGUGCCACAGGCAAAAUACGAAUUACUUACUUCUGUACGACAAACAAAUUGGAAGUCGCCGGUAGUGUGUCUAACCUUCGUAUUCAUAGUAGUCGGAAGUCUUUUCGCAUUAAGAGUCUGUUCAGAUUUGCUGCCGUCGCGUAAUUUAGAGUCGGGGCCUUUAAGAGAGGUGAUAAUAACCACGGAAGAUGCCACGAUUGCUUCGUGGACACGCCGGGCUAGGAUGUACGCCGAAUCGUCGAAGGAAAACCAAAACGCCGAUCGCAACACCACACUUGUCACGGCACCAUCCUCUAGAAGCUCUUCAAGUGGCAAGAUACUCGUCUGCUACUACACCCUACCGAGAACAAUGAACACGACGGAGGAGCUCAGUCCAGCUCACAUUGACCCUAAUAUUUGCUCGCAUAUUAUCGUGGGUUUUGCGUCUGUGGUGAACUCUACACUCAGUUUGGGCAGUAAUACACAGAUCUAUAACGAGAUAUCUUCGCUAAAAAAGCUCCAGCCCAAACUGAAGGUGAUGAUUUCCGCUGGCGGGAUCAACGAGCUAACCUUAGGAUUCCCCGAGAUGGUAAAAACCCACGCUAACCGCAAGAAAUUCAUCCGAUCUGUGCUAAAGAUCACCAGAGCCUUUGAUUUCGACGGCCUGGACGUAGACUGGGAGUUCCCCGCCUGGCUAGGAAACAACGAGCGCCAGAAGAUCUGGUUCGUCCAGCUGCUCCAAGAGCUAAGAAAAGAGUUCGACCGGUCAGGUAGAGCACUGAUCUUAUCGGCAGCCGUUGCAGCUCCUCCCGCUAUUAUCGACGACAGCUACUUCGUUCCCAACAUCGCCGAGUACGUCGACUUCAUCAACCUGAUGGCUUAUGACUUUAAUUACUACGUUUGGUACCUCCCUGUAACUGGACUGAACGCUCCUCUUUACCCGAGGGCUUCGGAGAUUGGCUACAUAGCCACUUUGAACGUUAAUUACUCUGCUAAUUAUUGGGUUUCUAAAGGAAUGCCCAGGGAGAAGAUUGUUGUUGGUGUUCCUACUUACGGACACUCUUACCAGCUGGACAAUGUUGAUAAUCAUGGCAUCAUGGCGCCUGCUAAAGGCUUUGGGAGACUUGGGCUAGAUGGCUUCGUGUUCUAUCCAAUGGUUUGCUGGCUGCUUGGGGUCGGAGGACAACGAGUCUUUGAUCAAGAGAGCCGUGUUCCUUAUGUUUUUAAGUAUGAUGAGUGGAUUUCUUAUGAAGAUGUCGAUAGUGUCACUGCAAAGGCCGAGUGGAUCAAAGCCAAUGACUUCAAAGGUGCCAUGAUUUUUUCACUGAACACUGAUGACUGGAGUGGAUCCUGUUCCAGCAAGGAUGGUAAUGAAACCUUUCCGCUUACCAGGAUUCUUUCCAAGACUCUGCUCAGGGAGAAGCUGACCCCUCCGGGACUGUAAUGCCAAAGUAUAAGUAGAGUUAUUAAUUAUGCAUUUGAAAGGUUGUAAUUUAUUGGUUAAUCUUGCUCAAUUUAGAAGUUUACUUACUUGAUGAUAGGGUGCAGAAUUAAAGAUUUACAUUUUAAUAUAUGAUUAUUAAAUACUUACGCACAUGCACGAAUUUGUUGUUUAAUUAGAUUAGAGGUUAUAAAGUUCAAAAGUUUCAGAGUUUAGAAGUAUAUUAGAUGUAGAAUUUAAAUUUGGAGAAAAUAUUGUAGUAUUUAAUUUAAUUUAAUAAUAUUAAAUACAGGUCAUAGAAAAU